CUCCCGGCUUAGAGGACAGCGGGGAAGGCGGGCGGUGGGACUUGGGGGCCUGAGGCAGCGUUACCGGUGCUGGCGGCGGCAGCUGAGGCCUUGGCCGAAGCCGCGCGGUGAAUAUUAAAGAAACAUCUCUCCGAAGAACCUCAGGGCAAGAUGCUUGGGACUGGGCCUACCGCCGCCACCUCAGCUGCCACCACCUCGAGCAACGUGAGUGUCCUGCAGCAGUUCGCCAGCGGCCUCAAGAGCCGGAAUGAGGAGACCAGGGCCAAGGCUGCCAAGGAGCUCCAGCACUACGUCACCAUGGAGCUCCGCGAGAUGAGUCAGGAAGAGUCUACUCGAUUCUAUGACCAGCUGAACCAUCACAUUUUUGAAUUGGUUUCCAGCUCCGAUGCCAAUGAGAGGAAAGGGGGCAUCUUGGCCAUAGCUAGCCUCAUCGGAGUGGAAGGUGGAAAUGCCACCCGAAUCGGCAGGUUUGCCAAUUAUCUUCGGAACCUCCUCCCCUCCAAUGACCCAGUUGUCAUGGAGAUGACGUCCAAGGCCAUUGGCCGCCUUGCCAUGGCUGGAGACACUUUCACUGCUGAGUAUGUGGAGUUUGAGGUGAAGCGAGCCCUGGAGUGGCUGGGUCCUGACCGCAACGAGGGCCGGAGACAUGCAGCUGUCCUGGUUCUGCGUGAGCUGGCCAUCAGCGUCCCCACCUUCUUCUUCCAGCAAGUGCAGCCCUUCUUUGACAACAUUUUCGUGGCCGUGUGGGACCCCAAACAGGCCAUCCGUGAAGGUGCUGUGGCUGCCCUUCGCGCCUGUCUCAUUCUCACCACUCAGCGAGAGCCGAAGGAGAUGCAGAAGCCCCAGUGGUACCGGCACACAUUUGAAGAGGCAGAGAAAGGGUUUGAUGAGACCUUGGCCAAAGAGAAGGGGAUGAAUCGAGACGAUCGGAUCCACGGAGCCCUGCUGAUCCUCAACGAGCUGGUCCGCAUCAGCAGCAUGGAAGGAGAGCGUCUGAGAGAAGAGAUGGAAGAGAUCACACAGCAGCAGCUGGUCCAUGACAAAUACUGCAAAGAUCUCAUGGGCUUUGGAACAAAACCUCGUCAUAUCACACCCUUCACCAGCUUCCAGGCCGUGCAGCCCCAGCAGUCGAAUGCCUUGGUGGGGCUGCUGGGGUACAGCUCUCACCAAGGCCUCAUGGGAUUUGGCGCUUCCCCCAGCCCAGCCAAGUCCACCCUGGUGGAAAGCCGGUGUUGCCGAGACUUGAUGGAGGAAAAAUUCGAUCAGGUGUGCCAGUGGGUGCUCAAGUGCAGGAAUAGCAAGAACUCACUGAUCCAAACGACAAUCCUCAGUUUGCUGCCCCGCCUGGCUGCGUUCCGACCUUCCGCCUUCACAGAUACCCAGUACCUCCAGGACACCAUGAACCAUGUCCUAAGCUGUGUCAAGAAGGAGAAGGAACGGACCGCAGCCUUCCAAGCCCUGGGGCUGCUUUCUGUGGCUGUGAGGUCGGAGUUCAAGGUCUAUUUGCCUCGCGUGCUGGACAUCAUCCGGGCGGCCCUGCCCCCCAAGGACUUUGCCCAUAAGAGGCAGAAGGCAAUGCAGGUGGAUGCCACCGUGUUCACGUGUAUCAGCAUGCUGGCGCGUGCCAUGGGGCCGGGCAUCCAGCAGGACAUCAAGGAGCUGCUGGAGCCCAUGCUGGCUGUGGGGCUGAGCCCUGCGCUCACUGCUGUACUCUACGACCUGAGCCGGCAGAUUCCGCAGCUGAAGAAGGACAUCCAAGAUGGGCUGUUAAAGAUGCUCUCCUUGGUCCUUAUGCAUAAACCUCUCCGGCACCCGGGCAUGCCCAAGGGCCUGGCCCAUCAGCUGGCAUCCCCUGGGCUCAACACCCUGCCUGAGGCCAGUGAUGUGGGCAGCAUCACGCUUGCCCUCCGGACCCUUGGCAGCUUUGAAUUUGAAGGCCACUCUCUGACUCAGUUCGUACGCCACUGCGCCGAUCACUUCCUGAACAGUGAGCACAAGGAGAUCCGCAUGGAAGCUGCCCGCACCUGCUCCCGGCUGCUCACGCCCUCCAUCCACCUCAUCAGCGGCCACGCACACGUGGUCAGCCAGACUGCGGUGCAGGUGGUGGCCGACGUGCUCAGCAAACUGCUUGUGGUCGGGAUAACAGAUCCUGACCCUGACAUCCGCUACUGUGUCCUGGCAUCCCUCGACGAGCGCUUUGAUGCGCACCUGGCCCAGGCUGAGAAUCUGCAGGCCCUGUUUGUAGCCCUGAAUGACCAGGUGUUCGAGAUCCGGGAACUGGCCAUCUGCACUGUGGGCCGACUCAGCAGCAUGAACCCAGCGUUUGUGAUGCCUUUCCUGCGCAAGAUGCUGAUCCAGAUUUUGACAGAGCUGGAGCACAGCGGCAUCGGAAGAAUCAAAGAGCAGAGUGCCCGCAUGCUGGGGCACCUGGUCUCCAAUGCCCCCCGCCUCAUCCGCCCCUACAUGGAGCCUAUUUUGAAGGCUCUAAUUUUGAAAUUGAAAGACCCGGAUCCUGAUCCAAACCCAGGUGUGAUCAAUAAUGUCUUGGCUACAAUAGGAGAAUUGGCUCAAGUUAGUGGCCUGGAAAUGAGGAAGUGGGUCGAUGAGCUUUUCAUCAUCAUCAUGGACAUGCUGCAGGACUCCUCUCUGCUGGCCAAGAGGCAGGUGGCGCUGUGGACCCUGGGCCAGUUGGUAGCCAGCACGGGCUAUGUGGUAGAGCCCUAUAGGAAGUACCCCACUUUGCUUGAGGUGCUGCUGAAUUUUCUGAAGACUGAGCAGAACCAGGGGACACGGAGAGAGGCCAUCCGAGUGCUGGGCCUUCUAGGGGCUCUGGACCCCUAUAAGCACAAAGUGAACAUCGGCAUGAUUGACCAGUCCCGGGAUGCAUCUGCCGUCAGCCUGUCCGAAUCCAAGUCCAGUCAGGAUUCCUCUGACUACAGCACCAGCGAGAUGCUGGUCAACAUGGGAAACCUGCCUCUGGAUGAGUUCUACCCAGCCGUGUCCAUGGUGGCCCUGAUGCGGAUCUUCCGAGACCAGUCCCUCUCGCACCAUCACACCAUGGUGGUCCAGGCCAUCACCUUCAUCUUCAAGUCCCUGGGGCUCAAGUGUGUGCAGUUCCUGCCCCAGGUCAUGCCCACCUUCCUGAAUGUCAUUCGUGUCUGUGACGGGGCCAUCCGGGAAUUUCUGUUCCAGCAGCUGGGGAUGUUGGUGUCGUUUGUGAAGAGUCACAUCAGACCGUACAUGGAUGAAAUCGUCACCCUCAUGAGGGAAUUCUGGGUCAUGAACACUCCGAUCCAGAGCACCAUCAUCCUGCUCAUUGAGCAGAUCGUGGUCGCUCUCGGGGGCGAGUUUAAGCUCUACCUGCCCCAGCUGAUCCCACACAUGUUGCGUGUCUUCAUGCAUGACAACAGCCAAGGCCGCAUCGUCUCCAUCAAGCUGUUGGCAGCAAUCCAGUUGUUCGGAGCCAACCUAGAUGAUUAUCUGCAUUUGUUGCUGCCGCCUAUUGUGAAGCUCUUUGAUGCCCCAGAAGUUCCACUAGCAUCUCGGAAGGCAGCCUUAGAAACAGUGGACCGCCUGACGGAGUCCCUGGAUUUCACUGACUAUGCCUCCCGGAUUAUUCACCCGAUUGUCCGCACGCUGGACCAGAGCCCAGAUCUGCGUCCCACGGCCAUGGACACGCUGUCCUCGCUUGUCUUUCAGCUGGGGAAGAAGUACCAGAUUUUCAUUCCAAUGGUGAACAAAGUUCUGGUGCGACACCGAAUCAACCACCAGCGCUACGAUGUGCUCAUCUGCAGAAUCCUCAAGGGAUACACCCUUGCCGAUGAAGAAGAUGACCCCUUGAUUUAUCAACAUCGGAUGCUGAGGAGUGGCCAAGGGGAUGCGUUGGCUAGUGGACCAGUAGAAACAGGACCCAUGAAGAAACUACACGUUAGCACCAUCAACCUCCAAAAGGCCUGGGGAGCUGCCAGGAGGGUCUCCAAGGAUGACUGGCUGGAGUGGCUGAGACGGCUGAGCCUGGAGCUGCUGAAGGACUCCUCAUCCCCCUCCCUGCGCUCAUGCUGGGCGCUGGCGCAGGCCUACAACCCCAUGGCCAGGGACCUCUUCAAUGCUGCGUUUGUGUCCUGCUGGUCUGAACUGAAUGAAGACCAGCAGGACGAGCUCAUCAGAAGCAUCGAGCUGGCCCUUACGUCACAAGACAUCGCUGAGGUCACACAGACGCUCUUGAACUUGGCCGAGUUCAUGGAACACAGUGACAAGGGCCCACUGCCUCUGAGAGAUGACAAUGGCAUUGUCCUGCUGGGAGAGAGAGCUGCCAAGUGCCGCGCCUAUGCCAAAGCACUGCACUACAAGGAGCUGGAAUUCCAGAAGGGCCCCACCCCGGCCAUUCUGGAGUCUCUUAUCAGCAUUAACAACAAGCUCCAACAGCCUGAGGCGGCUGCCGGGGUGUUAGAAUACGCCAUGAAACACUUUGGAGAACUGGAGAUCCAGGCCACGUGGUAUGAGAAGCUACACGAGUGGGAGGACGCCCUCGUAGCCUAUGACAAGAAGAUGGACACCAACAAGGAUGACCCCGAACUGAUGCUGGGCCGCAUGCGCUGCCUUGAGGCCCUCGGGGAAUGGGGGCAGCUCCACCAACAGUGCUGUGAAAAGUGGACCUUAGUGAACGAUGAGACUCAAGCCAAAAUGGCCCGGAUGGCUGCAGCAGCAGCAUGGGGCUUAGGCCAGUGGGACAGCAUGGAGGAGUACACCUGCAUGAUCCCUCGGGACACCCAUGAUGGCGCAUUCUACAGAGCCGUGCUGGCGUUGCAUCAGGACCUCUUCUCAUUGGCCCAACAGUGCAUUGACAAGGCCAGGGAUCUGCUGGAUGCAGAACUGACCGCCAUGGCAGGGGAAAGCUACAGCCGAGCGUACGGGGCCAUGGUUUCUUGCCACAUGCUGUCUGAGCUGGAGGAGGUUAUCCAGUACAAACUUGUCCCCGAGCGACAGGAGAUCAUCCGCCAGAUCUGGUGGGAGCGACUGCAGGGCUGCCAGCGUAUCGUAGAGGACUGGCAGAAAAUCCUCAUGGUGCGGUCCCUUGUGGUCAACCCUCACGAAGACAUGAGAACGUGGCUCAAGUACGCAAGCCUGUGUGGCAAGAGCGGCAGGCUGGCUCUUGCACAUAAGACCCUAGUGUUGCUUCUGGGAGUUGAUCCGUCUCGCCAGCUUGACCAUCCUCUGCCAACCGUCCACCCGCAGGUGACCUAUGCCUACAUGAAGAACAUGUGGAAGAGCUCCCGUAAGAUCGAUGCCUUCCAGCACAUGCAGCACUUCGUGCAGACAAUGCAGCAGCAGGCUCAGCACGCCAUUGCUACUGAGGACCAGCAGCACAAGCAAGAACUGCACAAGCUCAUGGCCCGCUGUUUCCUGAAGCUUGGAGAGUGGCAGCUGAACCUGCAGGGCAUCAACGAGAGCACCAUCCCCAAAGUGCUGCAGUACUACAGUGCCGCCACGGAGCACGACCGCAGCUGGUACAAGGCCUGGCAUGCGUGGGCAGUGAUGAACUUCGAAGCUGUGCUGCACUACAAGCAUCAAAACCAAGCCCGUGAUGAGAAGAAGAAAUUGCGCCAUGCCAGCGGGGCCAACAUCACGAACGCUACAACAACUGCCACCACAGCUGCCACUGCCGCCGCGGCCACCAGCACUGAGGGCAGCAACAGUGAGAGUGAGGCCGAGAGCACGGAGAACAGCCCCACUCCCUCCCCUCUGCAGAAGAAGGUCACUGAGGAUUUGUCCAAAACCCUCUUGAUGUACACUGUCCCUGCUGUCCAGGGCUUCUUCCGUUCCAUCUCCUUGUCACGAGGCAACAACCUCCAGGACACACUCAGAGUCCUGACCCUGUGGUUUGAUUAUGGCCACUGGCCAGAUGUCAAUGAAGCCUUAGUGGAAGGGGUGAAAGCAAUCCAGAUUGACACCUGGCUACAGGUAAUACCUCAGCUCAUUGCGAGGAUUGACACGCCCAGGCCCUUGGUGGGACGGCUCAUUCACCAGCUCCUCACAGACAUCGGUCGGUACCACCCCCAGGCUCUCAUCUACCCGCUGACUGUGGCUUCCAAGUCCACUACAACAGCCCGUCACAAUGCCGCCAACAAGAUUCUCAAGAAUAUGUGUGAACACAGCAACACCCUGGUCCAGCAGGCCAUGAUGGUGAGUGAGGAGCUGAUCCGAGUGGCCAUCCUCUGGCAUGAGAUGUGGCACGAAGGCCUGGAAGAGGCGUCUCGUUUGUAUUUUGGGGAGAGGAAUGUGAAAGGCAUGUUUGAAGUACUGGAACCCCUACAUGCCAUGAUGGAACGGGGCCCGCAGACUCUGAAGGAAACAUCCUUUAAUCAGGCAUACGGCCGAGAUUUAAUGGAGGCCCAAGAGUGGUGCAGGAAGUACAUGAAGUCAGGGAAUGUCAAAGACCUCACCCAAGCCUGGGACCUGUACUAUCACGUGUUCAGACGAAUCUCAAAGCAGCUGCCCCAGCUCACGUCCUUAGAGCUGCAGUAUGUCUCCCCAAAGCUUCUGAUGUGCCGGGACCUUGAACUGGCUGUGCCAGGAACAUAUGACCCCAACCAGCCAAUCAUUCGCAUUCAGUCCAUAGCCCCGUCCUUGCAAGUCAUCACGUCUAAGCAGAGGCCCCGGAAGCUGACACUCAUGGGCAGCAACGGGCAUGAGUUUGUUUUCCUCCUGAAGGGGCAUGAAGACCUGCGGCAGGACGAGCGGGUGAUGCAGCUGUUCGGCCUGGUUAACACCCUCCUAGCCAAUGACCCCACGUCUCUGCGGAAGAACCUCAGCAUCCAGCGAUAUGCCGUCAUUCCUUUAUCAACCAAUUCGGGCCUCAUUGGCUGGGUCCCUCACUGUGACACGCUGCACGCCCUCAUCCGGGACUACAGGGAGAAGAAGAAGAUCCUGCUCAAUAUUGAACACCGGAUCAUGUUGAGGAUGGCCCCAGACUACGACCACCUGACCCUGAUGCAGAAGGUGGAGGUGUUUGAGCACGCGGUCAACAACACAGCGGGGGACGACCUGGCCAAGCUGCUGUGGCUCAAGAGCCCCAGCUCCGAGGUGUGGUUUGACCGAAGGACCAACUACACCCGCUCUUUAGCUGUCAUGUCCAUGGUGGGCUAUAUUUUGGGCCUAGGAGAUAGACACCCAUCUAACCUGAUGCUGGACCGGCUCAGUGGGAAGAUCCUGCACAUUGACUUUGGGGACUGCUUUGAGGUUGCUAUGACCAGAGAGAAAUUUCCUGAGAAGAUUCCAUUUAGACUAACAAGAAUGCUGACCAAUGCUAUGGAGGUUACAGGUCUGGAUGGCAACUACAGAAUCACCUGCCACACGGUGCUGGAGGUGCUGCGGGAGCACAAGGACAGUGUCAUGGCCGUGCUGGAGGCCUUCGUCUAUGACCCCUUGCUGAACUGGAGGCUGAUGGACACAAAUACCAAAGGCAACAAGCGAUCCCGGACACGAACAGAUUCCUACUCGGCAGGCCAAUCAGUAGAAAUUUUGGAUGGUGUAGAACUUGGAGAACCAGCUCAUAAGAAAACGGGGACCACGGUGCCAGAAUCCAUUCACUCUUUCAUUGGAGACGGUUUGGUGAAACCAGAAGCCCUGAAUAAGAAAGCUAUUCAGAUCAUUAACAGGGUCCGCGAUAAGCUCACAGGUCGGGACUUCUCACACGACGACACUCUGGAUGUCCCAACGCAAGUUGAGCUGCUCAUCAAGCAAGCCACAUCCCAUGAAAACCUCUGCCAGUGCUACAUUGGCUGGUGUCCUUUCUGGUAAGCGAAGGCUCAGACGUGCCUGCAACAUUUCCUCCAAGGCUUUCAUUCUUUGGUGUAUGUGUCCACUAUACCGAAACUCCAGUCAGAAAGCUCGACUUUGUUAAAUAUGUUCAAGUGUAAAUGAAAAGACUACUGUAUAUUCCAAGUUGGUCUGAACCGACUUUCUAGCUGCUGUUGAAGAAUAAUUGUCAGAAACACAGGCUUGCUUUGGUCCCCAGGACGGUGGAUCAGAAAGCCCGGGUGAAGCGAGCCAUUAAUCCGGAGGAACACAAGAUCCUUAACAUUAGAUACGGGUUCUACUUCACUCACAAGAGGUCUCAUCAUAUGUACCUGCUGACAGGCACGGGCUCGCCCUCCUCCAGCACUCAGCAUGGGCACAGAUCACACGCCCCUGCUGACAGGUGCGCAGCCUCGCCCUUCUCCAGCACAGGCACGGACUACACGCCCCUGCUGAUGGGCACGGCCUCAGCCUCCUCCAGCACGGCAUGGAUCACACGCCCUUGCUGAUGGGCACGUGGCCUGGCCCUCCUCCAGCACCCAGCACAGGCAUAGAUCACACGCCCUUGCUGAUAGGCGCGGCCUCGCCCUCCUCCAGCACGGGCACGGGUCACACGCCCCUGCUGACAGGUGCACAGCCUCGCCCUCCUCCAGCAUAGGCACGGACCACACGCCCCUGCUAAUGGACACAUGGCCUCGCCCUCCCCCAGCCCCCUCAGGUCAGGGAGGACAUGGACCAGUGGACGACACCGACUUCAUCCCCUCCACCCUCCAUUACCUCACUGGUGUGGGGACAGCAAAGGUGUUGUUCACAAGAUGGGCAAGUUGGGUGUGCAAGAUCUGUGUCCUGCCUGGCCCAGUGAUGCUGCAGCUCACACACUGCAAUCCGAGAUGGGAGCCACCCAUGGGCAGCCGGAGCUAAGCAGACACACAGAGGUAACCAUGGCAUGGCAGGAUGGCCCCCCACUAGCCUUCCCAGCACCGGGCUGGAAUGCAUACACUGAUCCGACUGCUCUGGCUCCAAGAAACGGCUUGGGAAACAAAAAUUGCUGUCACAAAGAGGAGAGGUCAAGUAUAUGUUGGGAAUUAUGAGCAAAAUAAAUAUUCAACUAAAUGCACAAAGUAUACAGUGUAGCCAUGUCUAGACACCCUGUGUAUCUGAAUAAUUUUUGUGCCAAUAAAUGACAUCAGAAUUUUAAAAAGUA